AGAAGGGAAAAAAUAUCUUUCAUAUCAAAAAGAUCCUCAGUCCAUCAUAAUAGGUUCUAAAGAUAAUAAACCAAUAACAUUACCACAACAUGAGUCGACCUCUUUACAUGAUAAACUUCCUCAUCGAAUUGGAUACAUUCUCAAUUUUGGCGGAUCUGUCUGGAGUAUUGAAUGGUGUCCUUCGAUUUCAUCUGCAAAACAACAAUACUUGGCAAUAGGAGGAUAUAAAGGUACCGCAGACGAAAAUCGCAUUAUCGGAGAAAUACAAACCAAAGAGUUGGAAAACUCUAUACAAAUCUGGAGAUUGGAUUGUAGAAACAACAAAUCAGAAAAACCAAUAUUGGAUAUGGUCAUUUGUCAUGAAUAUGGUUGUGUCUAUGACAUGAAAUGGUGUUUUUAUGGAGCUUAUGAGAAUUUUGAUGAAAACGAGCAUAGUAAAAAUUUGAAGCGAUUAGGUAUUCUCGCUGCUUCAUUUGGCGAUGGAAAAAUCAGAAUUUUUGAGGUGCCUCACACUGAAAGUAUAAAACAGCAAUUAAAUGUGAAAGAAAACGCUUUAAACACGCUUUUUGUGAAGUUUGCUCGUCCGUUAUGUACAUUAUCAAUGCCUGAAACACUUUGUUGGACUAUUAGCUGGGGAGGACACAUUAAAAUUGCCGCUGGAUGCACCAAUGGUGUUGUGGCGGUAUGGCGUAUAGAUAAAAUCUUCGCAGA